GAAUGAUUUAUUUGAACAGGGCAACAUGCAGCAAACAUUGCCGUUGUUCAACAUUACUCGCCUGUUUGGUCCGUUUGUAAUUCUCUAUAUUUAGAGGGCUGACAGUGGUGGAGCCGAGGAGGUAAGCUGAGGUAGCUAAACAAUAAACUCGGCAGGUGCUUCCGAGUGAUUCUUUAUGAGGUAAGAGAUUAACGUGCUAUUACCACAUGUGACCAGCAGAAGUGCAACUUCCGAGUGACUGCCUGCCAUAAUGUUGUCAAGAAUGUCAGCUCACAGCAACAUCGCAGAUCGAAUCGCAAACUUCAAAAAUAAUGGAAAAGAUAGCACUGAGAUGAGGCGUAGGAGAUCGAAAGUUGUUGUAGACCUCAGGAAAGCGAGGAAGGAUGAUCAGAUCUUGAAGAGGCGAAAUGGCUGCAGUCACAUGGAAGAGUCAAUCUGUGCACUACAAGACGGGGAUCUUAUUGAAGAGCUUGUGACCAUACAGGUAUCUAUCUCCACCUAUGUGUCUUCAGCACUGGUGUCUGGAGGAGAUUGAAGCACAAAUAAAGAGCCUGAACCCAUAUAUUCAGCUGCAGGCCAUGCAGGUAGUCAGAAAGGUGCUCUCCGUAGCAUCAGAUCCACCUGUUUAUAGCAUGGUCACUGCUGGCUUCAUUCCCAGAUUUGUGGGUUUUCUGGAACAGUCCAAGUGUCCCUCUCUCCAGUUUGAAGCAGCUUGGGUCCUGACCAACAUUGCUUCAAGUUCCUCAUUUUAUACUGAUGUUGUCGUAGGAGCAGGAGCCAUCCCAGCCUUUGUCAGUUUAUUGACAUCACCUCAUCUGGACAUAAGUGAACAGGCCAUCUCGGCCCUUAGUAAGAUUGCGGGUGAGGGAUCCAGCUACAGAGAUCUUGUGAUCAAACACGGUGGACUCCAGUCACUUCUGACUCUGCUGGCAGCUCCUGAUCUCUCUGUAUUCACUACUGACUAUCUGCUCAAUAUUGUUUGGACUCUGACCAACCUCUGUCGCUACAAGGACCCUGUUCUUCCUUUAAUAACAGUGGAACACCUACUUCCUGGGCUCUCGUGCCUCCUGCACUUUGACAAUAAGGAGAUCUUGGCUGAUACUUGUUGGACAGUGUGUCUUUUAACUGAUGGCUCCAAUAAAACGACAGAGCUGGUGUUGCAGGCAGGCCUGCUUCCUCGUCUUGUUGAGCUUCUGGCCUGUGGAGACUUCGACGUCGUGGCUCCAUCACUGAGGGCAGUUGGCAACAUCAUGGCUGGGACAGAUAAGCAGGCCCAGUGUGUUCUAAAUGCAGGUGCCCUGGCGAUAUUCCCUGAACUGCUGUGUCACCCAAAGCCUCACAUCCAAAAAGAAGCAGCCUGGACACUUUCCAACCUCACAGCUUGCAAGGACUCCCACAUCCAAGAGGUUAUUAAUGCAGGACUGGUUCCCAUCCUUGUGGAAAUCCUUUCAAAGGGAGACUUCAAGACUCAGAAAGAAGCAACAUGGGCUAUUGCCAAUUAUGUCAGUGGUGGAACAGUAGAGCAACUGUCCUACCUGGUUAAAUGUAACGUACUGGGUCCUCUUCUCAACCUUCUCUCAGUCAAGGACUCCAAGAUGGUCUUAGUUAUCCUGGAUGCUCUCUACAAUAUUUUACAUAUGGCACACAAAGCUGGGGAGACCAAAAGGCUGUGUCUACUGUUUGAGGAGUUGGACGGUGUUGCCAAGAUUGAAUCACUGCAGUUUCAUGACAAUGAAGCUGUCUUUAGAUCCGCCGUCAUCAUUAUUGACAGAUUUUUCACUGAGGAGGUUGAGGAGGACAUGCUGGUUCCUAACAAUUCAGCAAACUGCUAUGACUUCAGGACCUCAGAGGAAGGGAACCUUUUAGAUUUUUAGCACAAAUAAACAUGCAUGAAAAAAAAGUUACUAUAUUUUUAUAAAUGCAGAUGUUCUUAUCUUGAUGUUCUGCACUGUGAAAUAUUUUAGACACGUGUACAUUGAAUGCCACUGUAUAAAGAUGUUAAUAAAUAAAAAUGUUCUAUUUUGUGACAGUUUUCUG